GACUACACGACAACUAAACCCGGAUUUACUCCCGUUCAGACGCAGACAGACAACACCGUGACACGGCGAACAUCGUGUCCGUCCUUCAGGCUCCGAGCUCCGGAUACAGCGUGUGUGCCAAGCCGCCGAAUCACCGAGAGAACCAGGAACAAAAAGAAGCGUUUCCAGGAACUUUCCAGGAAUACGGUCACGUGGUGCAAGCGAGGAGCGAUUUAAGGUGGUCCGUGUUUACACACACACACACACACACACACACACACACACACACACACACACACACACACACACACACACACACACAGAGAUAUGUAUUUAAAAAAAUCUACAUACAUAUGAACACACAAGCACAUGAACGCGCAUACACAUAAACACACUGACAGACACACAUAAACACACACUGACGGACAAGUGUGUGUGUGUGUGUGUGUGUGUGUGUGUGUGUGUGUGUGUGUGUGUGUGAGUGAUUUCAGGUGUGGUGUGAAAUACGUAGAUUACAGGUUAGAUGCACGCGCUCACUGCAGAGAGACCUCAAAAACAGACCUGAGGUCACCGAGUGCAAACACCCCAAACACACACACACACACACACACACACACACACACACACACACACACACACACACACACACACACACACACACACACAGAGUGAGUCCAUGUACGGUAGGGGGUUAGGGUCAUAUUUAAAUUUGUUUUUGAGUUUUGACUUUUUAGAAAAACUUUCUAACUGAAUACAAUAUGUAUAUAUAUAUGUUUUAUUCCAGAGUUUCUAAAAUAAAACUAACAUUUAGAGUUGAUCAAAUAAAAUAAACAUUUGGAGUUUUUAAAAUAUUUUGAUUAUUUGUUUAUUUUUACUUAUAUUUUAUCUAUUAUUUAUCUCCUCUUUCUACUUUAUUUGCACUGGAGUUACUGUCACAAAAAGCAAUGUCCCCUAGGGGAUUAUUAAAGUAUUUCUGAUUCUGAUUCAUACUUUGCAGUUUGUGUCACUGCCCUAAUUAUGAGCUCUUCACUGAUUUAUUUCUAUGGUUUUAUUUUUCAAUAUAUCUGGUUUGCUUUUUAAGUCACCAACUCGAGAAAGAAAAUCUGGAUCUCACCUUUGAGAAUCUGUUCGGGUCAGCAUCUGACAAAGUAUUCAAGUCAUUAAUGAAGUAUUUGAGGGAGACUGGCUUAUUGUACAGAGUUUAACUUUGGAGCUUAGUGAGUAUCAGUUUGUGACCCUAAAUGAUUCACAAAUUGCCCUCACUGACUCUUACAAAUAUUUAGGAAUUUGGCUAGACAGUAAUCUAUAUUUCAAGACUCAUAUUCAGAAAUUAAUCCAAAAAUUAAAUUAGGCUUUUUAUACAGAAUCAAAGGCUGUCUACCACCGCCCAACCGAAAAAUCAUUGUACAAUCCACCUUCAUGUCUGUCCUUGAUUAUGGUGACAUCUUGUAUUGCCAUGCAGCCCCAUCAACUCUUCAGCUGUUAAAUCCUGUGUAUCAUAGUGCACUACGUUUCAUCACUAACGACACAUUUCGCACUCAUUACUGUUCCCUCUAUCAAAAAGAAAUAUCUGUCUCAUGUUAUUUAUCUAUAAAGCUCUUCUGCUGAAGCUUCCCAGCUACCUCACAUCUCUGCUUUCAUUUAAACCUAGUAGCUACAGAACAUGAUCCAGUAACUCUCUAACCUUAGAUAUUCCAUGUACCCGUAUUAAUAUUGGCAGAACUGGUUUCAAUUACUGUGCUCCCUUUGAAUGGAAUAAGCUGCAAACCGCCCUUAAACUGGACUCUUUCAUUCAUCUUGGAGAUUUCAAAUACUAGUUAUCUAAUGUUUACAAUAAUCGCUGUAACUGUUUAACUGAUUCCUUUUAUUAUUUUUAACCUCUUGUUUGUUUGUUUGUUGUGUGUUGAUUGUGAAUGUUCCUUGUUCUCAGGCCUCUCUUGUAAAAGAGCUCUCGAUCUCAAUGAGACUGCCUGAUAAAAUAUAGAUUAAAUAGAAAUAAAAAUAAAUACGUAUAGGCAUACAUCUUUUUUUCCCCCAGCUAAAUUUCCCGCGCUACACUCCAAUCCGGUAGGUGGCGAUAAUGCUUGUUCAGUUUGUUGCCAACCGCCAAUAAAGCGAAGAAGAAGAAAGUUAGCGCGGGUAGUUUGACUUGCUAACUGCUACAAACAUUAGCUGACGUCGCUCCGUCGUAAAGGUGAGUUUAUUCUUCAAAAUUUCCCCGAAAAGUCCUCUAAAACCUGAACUUUUACCACAGAAACGCUUUGGUAAGUUGAUGUUUUUAAGAUUAGAAGAAUAUAACAGAUGUUUUUGUUUUAUUCUGGUUUAUAAAGUCGAUUUGUCUCGAUGCAGCAAAAUAUCCUGAUUAUUUUCAUUUAUUAUUAAGACGUUAAAGCUUUAAAAGAAACGGGAAUAAAAUGCUAAUUCAAUUUUUAGACAGUGAUGAAUGUUUGGACACAGUCUGAGUUAUGUUUAACCAAAAUGACAAGAAUUAGACUGAGAUAAUCCUCCGUUGUUAAAGCCAAACUCUGAACUAAAUAACUUAUUUCUCACCGAAUAUAUGAGUUAAAUGGUUUCAAACUGAUGUUAUUUGGACCCCAGCUCAACAUUCAUGUAGCUUAACUCCAAUUUAGACCUAUAAACCCUGAUAUAUGACCGUCUGGGUGUCUGUGUUGACAGUGAAGCCGUCCUCAUGGAGUCUACGGAGAGCAGGUAUGCUCACCUGCUGCAGCCCAUCAGAGAGCUCACCAAGAACUGGGACAUCGACGUGGCUUCAGAGCUCAAUGAUUACCUAGAGGAGGUACAACUUCUAUUAGUAUUAUUGUUAUUAUUAUAACCUUUAUUUAACCAGGUUUGUCCCAUUGAGAUCCAAGAUAUCUUUUGCAAGAGAGAUCUGGACAAAUACAGUUUCAAUACAUAAUCACAUUAAUCAUUUACAGUCAAGCCCAAAAUUAUUCAUACCCUUCUCAGUAAUCAAUAGAAAAGCCUUUAUUGGUUAUUACAGCAAUCAAGCGCUUCCUAUAAUUGCUGACCAGCUUUGAAUUGAAGAGAGGCAUUCAUGUAUAACACAUCACCGUAAUCAAUAAUCAAAAGAAAGGUUGACUCCUCUAGUUUCUGUUUCACCCUAAAAGAAAAGCAAGACUUAUUUCUAAAGUAAAAUCCAAGUAAAAGCUUCAGCUUCUUAACAGUCGACUGAAUAUGUGCCUUAAAAGACAAGUGGUCAUCAAUCAAAACCCCAGAUGUUUAAAAGUAGAUACAAGUUCAGUUUGUUGACCAUUACUGGUUCUUUAUUACCAAAGAACAGACUCAGAUAUUCACAUUGUUUGUUUGUCUGACUCCUGCCCAUGUGUGUGUUUGCAGCUGGAUGAGAUGUGCAUCACAUUCGAUGGAGGGAAAACCAGACUGAACUUUGCAGAAGCUGCGUUGCUGAUUCAGGGUUCAACCUGCAUCUACAGCAAAAAGGUAAAAUAACAGAAAGUAAACCGAUGUUGGAUUGAAACUCUGAGCUGUUUGAGGACAAACUCAUCUUGUGUUUCAGGUGGAGCUGCUGCACAAUCUAGUUUACCAAAUGCUGGAGUACGUUAACGACAGAAACAAGAAGUAAGUGUUUGAUUCAGAUUAGAGAUGCUUAUCGUUAUGAUUAUAAGGUAACAAAGAUGACUUUCUUGUUGGUAUUGUCAGACGAUCCAAAGAGGCGGAAGGGAAUCCAAAGGACAGUACGGACAGCGCAGCGAAGAACCGUGAUGCUGACAAGGUGGCGGAGGUGAGGAGCAAGAUAAGAUAAGAUGUUCCUUUAUCAGUCCCACAGGAGGAAAUUCCAAAAUUACAGCAGCAUAGCAUAGAUACAAAAAGAGAAAAAUUAAAAGAUAAAGAAACUCUGAGCUAAAAACAAGAUAUGUGCAUGCGUCAUAUUUACAUCUGUACAGAAUAUUAGCAGUAAUAAUAGCAGUACCUACUUCCAGACCAGCAGCUUUAGAGAUGAUUUCAUUCUCUCCAUGUACCCAAACAAGCCGUGACUCUUACUCUUAUUGCUCUGUGGACGAGUGUCAGUCAGUGUUUGCUGCUGGAUGAGGGUUUUGUGUAAAGUUUUGCUGUAAAAACUUCUUAGUCCUCAUGUAGACACUCAAUCUUCUCUUGCAAGCAGGUAAACAUCUAUUCAGGCUUUUGAAUCUUUGGUAACUUAUGUUUGUAUUAACCUGACUUUUGAUCAAACUCAUAAAUUUAUAAUGUUUCCUUAAAAAAUUAAAAGUUGAGUUUUCUUGUUAAACCCAUUUCACACAAACUUAAAGGGAUAUUCCGGUGUAAAAUUAAUUAAGGGUCAAACACAUCGAAACGCUUAGUUAGACACCGCCUCAAGAGAUGAAUGUUGCAGACCGCUUGCUUCUCUAGUUAUACCAACUUUAGUAACAACCGCACAAUAGCAAUACACAGCAGUCUGAGGAGCCAAAAACAAACCUCAACCAAAACGCCACUCUAUAGCCACAAAUAAUGCUCAGAACAGCACCUAACUUCAUCAACAGUACAUGUAGGGUCACAGCCAUAGCACUAGCCACCAAACAUCUUUUUAACUUACCCUGAUUUCUUUAGCAAAGAGACUAAACACAGCUCACCCUCUCUCCUCCAGCAGCCACUUGUUUGUAGCGAGACCUCAGGCCAGUCUAUUACGGACUACAGCGGGGUGUCGUAGCUCAAGGAAGAACAUUUAUGAUCAUUUCUUCAUGGAAAUACAAUCAGACCGAGACGCUAAGGCAGAAGAACUCCCGCGUUUGCAGUGCAAAAUGAUUAAUAUGAUGAUUAUUACGUAAGGAAAUGAUAAAGAAAUUAUCAUAAAUGUUCUUCCUUGAGCUGUGUCACCCCGCAGCAAUCCGAAAUGGACUGGCCUGAGGUCGCUACAAACAAGCGGCUGCUGGAAAAGGUAGGUGAGGCGUGUUUAGUCUCUUUGCCAAAAAAAUCAGGCAAAGUUAAAAAAAUGUUUGGUGGCUAGUAUUAUGGCUAGGACCCUAUAUGUACUGUUGAUGAAGUUAGGUGCUGUUCUGAGUAUUAUUAUUUGUGGCUAUAGAGUGGCGUUUUGGUUGAGCACGUGGCUCUCUGUAUUGCUAUCUGCAGUCGUUACUAAAGUUGGUAUAACUAGAGAAGCAAGUGGUCGGCAACAUUCAUCUCUCGGGGGGGUGUCUAACUCGGUGUUACAGUGUAUGACCUUAAAUUAAUUUCACGCCGGAAUAUCCCUUUAAUUAACAUUACGUGGACUUGAACAAACAUCCAACAUGAGGGAUCAGUCAGUGGAGCUCCUUCUGAAUCUCCUCACGGACUGUUUUAUGAUAUUACGCCUCAAGAAACAAACAGUAAAAAUCAGAUUUUUUUCAGUCUUUAACUGAUUUUCUCUCCUUGAGUCUGACUCUGAUCCUAAUCUGACUCCUCAGUUCACUCCUCUGGAUCUCAACCUCACAGAAGGGUCGCGGAAAGCCAACUCCCGCAUGGUCAGUUCACACACACCGACUCCCUAAACUUGGCGUAUGUGUGAUGAUAAUGAUACCUGCAGUUUGUUCUGAUGUGAUGAACAUUAACCCUUCAUUUUUGUGAUGUUCAGAAGGUGAAUGUGACUCCUCUUCCUCCUGAGGCUCUGAUCGCUCUCGAAUCUCAUGAAAAGCAGAAACUUCCUCUCUUCAGGUCAGUGCGAGCUCUGAGUUCUACAAAACGGUUUCAGAGUGUCGGUGUGAGUUACUAAAACCGCUUGAUGUUUUUGUGUUUGCUGCGCGUCAGUGUGAGAGGGGAGAUCUUGUACAGUCUGAAGGAUUUCAGGAGCAACAUCUUCAUCCCUGGAGACGACGACAUGAUCCACCUCACUUUUAGACUGUCUGCCUCAAACUUCCUGUUGGAAAAUUAUCAACCCCCUGCAGAGACUUGGAAUCUACUACAAGAAGGUAAAACAUCGAGUAAAUAUCCAAUUAUGAAAUGAGCUCGAUGCUGCAGGAGCACAUGGUGUGAAAACAGCAGCAUACAUUCAGAGGGCAAAGUGAAUAAAGUUGAUUUAUUCCUGGGUAAGAAUGUGUACAAUUAUUAGAAAUUAAAGUUUUGUUAUUAUGAAAUAAGGUUUGAAGUUAGGAGGUAAUUUAGAUUUAUAAAAAGAAACAAGGUGACAUCCAAAUAUCAGGAAAUGUUUUAAAACAAUUCCAAGCAGUCCUCCUCAAACUCAUUUUCUCUCUCAGUCCCAUAAAUUAGCUGUUUAAGAAAGAUUUCCUCCCUCCAAAUACUGCAGGUCAACUUGCAGGUGAAGCUGCAGGCGAAGCUGCCGAUGGGUUGGCUAAUGUUGUGGAAAACUGUGCGGAUGCUGCAGAUGACUUCAUACCGAUGGAAGACUUGGAGCAGGAUGCAGAGGAGCACUUGGACAGACAUCAGGUCUGUCUGAUGGUUUGAUUAAUGUUCAUUAGUCUGUUUGACGAUUUCAGUUUCUUAUCUUUGAACCCUAGCUGAAGAUCACCAUCUCAUUUCAGAGUUUAAACCUCCUCUCAGAGCCGCACAGUCUGAUUUAGUUUCUUCAUCCUGUAAAAUCUUUAUCUUGUCAUUUCAUGGCUCAGGCUCCGAGUGAAGGCAGAAUGAUCAGAGAGAGACGAGAGCUGGAGGAUGGCAAACUGCAGAGAAAGGAUGCUCCUCCUCCUCCUCAGGUGGGAUCUUCAUCUGUGGAGAGAAAUCUAUUUUGUCUGUUUUUCUUUAAUGAUGAACUAUUUAUUUAAUGAUGAGUAAUUAAUUAACUUCUGUCUGUCUCAGGUAAACGUGUGGGCAUUACAUGACCCCUAUGCCGAACUCGGAGGGGAAAAACCUUUCAAAUCAGGUGAGUUUGAGUUCUUCUAGGUACUUUAAAUCUACAUUUUUUCUUGUCCAGGUGAAUAUUAUAAACUUCCUGAGCCCUUUCAGAUGUUCUCAGACUGUAUCUGUACUCUUUCAGGUAAAUGUUAUAAAGUUCCUGAUGGUCUGGACGAUGGGGGGAAGAGGAAACGGAAACGUGGAGCAGCUCUGCAGGACUUCAGGAGCUGGUUAAGAGACACCUGUGAGGAUGAAAUAAGAUCUUUUUUUUUCUCAAGAUAUUUUACCUCUGAAUGAAAGUAAACUUUAAAAAAAAAAGUUUUUUAAUGUGAAAUAAGUUAAAUGUCUUAUUUUUGUUGUUUCAGUCGAUCCUCCAGAACACAAAUUAAAAAAUGGACCAACCUUUUCAGGUAAGUUUUAGAGAAAAAUACACCACCUUUCAUCUCUGAAUCUUUUUACAUGAAGCAGCUGAUUUGUGUUGCAUAAACUCCUGUGUUCAAAAUGAAACCUCCUUUAUAAAACACUUUGAUGAAUUCUUAUUUUAAAUAUUGAAUGUUUUGAAAAAUUAAGGUUAAUGAAAAAACUGAUAUAUAAAUUUUAGAUUUUAUUUAAAUUUCAGACCUGAACUACAUUUACCUGAACACCAUGAAAGACCGGCUGAAGAGCAAGAGGAGGAUCCUCAGGAAACAGGUACACGUGUAACUCUUGACUCUGUGAUGGAGGCCUGUGUGACAUAUGGAGUAUAGUCAGUACUUCGAGGCUCGCUGCACAUGAGAGAUAUAAAACCCAACUAUCAGGUGUCCUACACUUGAAAAAGGCUGCCUGCACAUAAUCCUGCUCUGAGUUUUGCUCCUCCCCUCUCCUGUGAUGUCACUCAGGGCGUGGUCGUCUCUGAGGAGGAGCUGAUGCGGACCCUCCUGCAGCCCACAGAGACGGGGCCACAGCAGCAGGGAGAGGGGGAGCAUCUGGAGGACUUUAGACUCCCGGACCUGCUCGGUAGGAACACACACACACACACACACACACACCUCAGUCAGUGUCAGAGGAAUUUGUUGAUAAUUAAAGGUGGGGUUGAUAAUCAUAAUAAAUCAUAUAGAGGUUUUGGGGACACUCGGCUGCUGUUGCCAGUGGCUUAAAAACACUAAUCGAAGAUUUCUCUGCAGGUGGAGAUGAGGAGCUGUCAGAUAACGAACAGGAAGCGUUUCCUGACGAUAUUCCUGCAGAGUUUGGAGGAGCUGAUUUCAUUCCACCAGGUAGAAACAAACCUGUACUGUUUCUCACUCUGACAUUAUUUAAUCAAUGGAGGUUCAGUUUGAUAACGUCUCCAAACAAAGUUGUAAAUAUUUAGAGAAUUUCACCUGUCUGUGCCUAACCUUAUAAUACAAACAUAAAAAAAGUUACAAAAGGGACCCGACUGCUUUAUAAAAGUUGGUUUUGGGUUAAAAGUCUUAUUUAUUAUAUGAUUAACUCGUUAUAAACUCUGGGAUCUGUUUUGAUGUCAGUGUUUGACUUUCAGAUUAUCUGCUUUUUCAUUGUCUGUGUUUCAGACGUUCAGAAGGACGAGCUGAGUUAUGAGGAUCUGGUGAAGCUUCGAGUGGUAAGCGAUCGAUCCUUUACUCUCCUCUUUAUCUCGUUGACUCAAUGACCAGUGAGUCCGGUAAACGUGUGUUUAAAUGUGUGUUUUUCACGUGUGUGUGUUCAGGAGCAGCUGGUGGCGAGCUGUCGCGGUUACACCCAGGAGACGGCGUUGAGUCGGCGAGUUCAAGAGUGGGAGGAGAAGAUCAAACCUGACCUGGCGCUGCAGGUAAAAACUCUUCAGUGUGUAAAUCUGCAAAUAAGCCACGCCAUCGCCCAGAAACCAACUGAAACAUGAUGUCACUUCCUGUUCAGGAGGAGCGUCCCGCCUUUGACAUCCACGAUUACAGCGAUCGGAUCAUCAGAGCUUUAGACACCAUCGGUCAGCGGCGAGCUUUCUACUCCAUCGUCUCUGGGAUGGAAAACACUGAAGCCUGCAAGUACCUGCUGGCCUCGCUGCAGCUGGUGAGACACACACACACACACACACACACACACACACACACACACACACACACACACACACACACAUAGUGAAGUCUGUGUGUGUUUUUCAGUGAGUGUGAAUGAGUGUAUUAGUUUCCAUAUGUGUGUAUUUAAGCCUAAACUCGUGUCUCUGUGCGUCUCUCAGGCGAACGACUACACAGUGGAGUUGGACUCGGCUGGGGGUCUGGAGGAGAGUCUGGACACAUUGGGUCUGACUCUGCUGAGCACUCAGAAAGCGAGGGACAGAUUCAAACAUCUUGACGGCGUGGACAUGUGACCCUAACAGAGGAUAAAAAUAAAUGUUUAUUUCUGAGUAUUUUUAAAUUUUCUAAACAAACAUGAGUGUUUUGUUUUGUCUCUGUCCUGUCUCUGAAUCAUGAUCGGUCUGUAAAAUCAUUAAAUUACAGAAACUCUGAGUUAUCAUCCCAUCUGCUGCCCUCUGACUGUUUCUGUUCAGACUUUAAAAUAUGAGCUGGUUCGAUGACAGCGAGAAAAUAUGUCGGUAUAUUUUUAAAACUGAAGAAUAAAAAUGGAUUUGUAAACUGAA